AAUGGCAUCAAAAUGUGUCCAAGUGAUUCCCCUGUUGACCACCAGAGGGCGGUGGUGAUGCGCCGAUAGCGGGAAGUGCAGCUGUAGUAAACAGCAAAAGAAGAGGGUGUGUAAACACUGCUUGUUUAAGAGGAAAGGCAUUUUCUCAAUGACCUUUGUUUGUAGUUUCAAAUCUUGUCAUAUUUCACAACGAAACCUUUGGCAGGAAUGAGCGAAGAUGGUGCAGUUACUCGGUUUACUGUCCCCUCACCCUAAAAACGGAGCGCCGUUUAACUUACAUUAACGUUUCUAAGUAAAUGUAAGCAUCAAUUACGGUGUGUCAUUGCCUUAAUAUCACCGUCUAACUGAUGAGACACAGCUAGAAAGACUCGCAGGUGUUGUAUUUUCUACAAAAUGGAGGAGGAGGAAGCCAUGAGAAGUUACUGCAGGGAAAUGAUUUUCCGUGUCCGAAACAAACAGCAGCACCUUCAGCCCCCACGUGAGGAGGAGAGAAGGGGACACAAACACAGAGGACGCCAAGGAGGGAGGGAGAGGACUGAAACUAGAAGAAAAGUUGUAGCAGAGGACGAGUGGAGAAAUUACAGAGAGCGUAACGUCCCUCUCCCGGAUUGUACAGAGAGGGAGAGGCAACAACCCUCCCUCAAUCUCAGAUGUCAGGGUCCCGAUGUUCAGCCCGUCCCCCCUCAAGUCAUCUCAAUGCUGAGGCUCAAAACCUUCAAGGAGGAGAUGAGACGGGCUACAGAGGUGGCGCUCCAUGAUCCCGCUGUCUGCAGUAUGUGCGAGCAGGAACAGGCUUCUCUGGCCUUGAAAAGUUUUAUCUGGAGGAAGAAGACACAACUGCAGUUCCAAACACUGAAGGGCAGACUAAACACACACAUGGACCAGGGAGAUUGCACAAGUUUGGGGAGUUGGUGCAAAAUGUCCCAAAGUCCUCCGAUGCCCCUCGCUGGAUUUGGGAGGAACUACUUGGUGAAGAUAUGCGGGUCACAGCAACCUGGGGUUGCCUUAGCAACCACUAAGGAACGUGGAGUUGCCCUGGCAACAGAUGAAAUGAGGGGUUACCCUGACAAAAGCGCUACAGGAACUCAUUUAGCAAGACCUCACUGUCCUUUUCCAGACAGAUAGCUGCAGACUUGACAGGCACAGUAUUAAGACAGUAAAAGGGACAAUGUUGUGGUGGAGUCAAACAUAUUCCUAUCUCUUAUUUUCAUACACACAAGCUAAACCCACCCAUUUGACCAGUAAACACUGAUCUAUAUACUUAUAUACUUGAUGGUGGUGUCCUCAGAUGCCCUCCUCAGCUACAGCUGUGUUUACAUUCAUGCCUAUACAAGAAGUGUGUAGUCUUUGUUAUGAGCAUAAAAAACAACAAGGUUAGUACAAAACAGACAUUUAUUUUCUUAUUACUGUAUUAAAAUUAAACACAUAACACUAUUCAGAGCAAAUGAGUCUGGCCUUUUUUUGUCCAGUUUGUGGUCACUUGAACACUGUAAACAUUAAAACAACAUUAUGUUUUCUUAAGCUUCGCAAUUAAACCUAUUCGAUUUUAUAUUGGCACAAAUAAUACACAACAGACAGUCAUGGUAGCGCGCAUGCAUUAAAAAAUGAGGAA